AUGGGGGAUGAAAUUGAUGACAUUGAAUUCGCACGACAGAUGCUGAGCUUACAAGUAAACAAAUAUGAAGAAAACAGAAACAGAGGAAUGAAACAAAAACAAGUAGUUGAGAAGAAUCAUAACAUUAUUCCUCUUUCUAAUUUUGAAGAAAAGAUCAUAUUUAACAUCCUAGUGAAGAUCCCGCCACGAUACAUUCAUAAGAAUGCCAUGCCUGUUUGCAAAACAUGGAAAGAAAUUUUCUCCAGAACUUCUUUCAUUGAGCAAAAUUUCAAUGAAUCGAAAUCAGAGUUACUGAUACAGUCAGGAUAUCCAGAUGAUUUCUACUUUGGGAAGCUACGAGUCACAAAUCCCGCGACAAAGUUCUGCAUCACUAUCCCUGGAUGCCCUUCGCGUUGCCAACAUGGAACUUGUAGUGCAGCACUUGUAUUUGACUCUUCGACAGAGCAGUAUAAAGUAGUGCACAUUGUUAAGUACUAUUUUGGUUUCGAAAUAUUCAAUCUUAGCAAUGAUGAAGAAAAUUGGAAAUGGGAACGAGUUGAUUCUUAUCUGUGGGAAGGUGUAAAUAAUGAGCCAUUUGAUGUUAAAUUUUGCUGGAAGAAGCUAGUAUCGAUAAACGGAAGGAUUCUGCAUUGGUAUGUUAAUUCAAGUGAGUAUUUCGUUUCAAUGCAUGUAAAAGAGGGGAAAUUCAGUAUUACCUAUCUUCCAGAACGCGAUGAUUUAGUUAAUAAAACUAACAAUUACGCGUUGAUCCAAUUGGAUGGAUUUCUUUCUUAUAUCACCUGUGAUUCCGAGACAACAAUGGAUGUUUGGAUUUUGGAAGAUUUUCACGGACAAGUUUGGUCCAAGAAACAUACGAUCGUGGCAGAAUUGACACAUUAUGUAUGUCCAUCUAAAUCAACGCGACCAAAUGAGAGAUCAAUGCCAGAAAUUGGUAAACUUGUUGCUGUUGGUGGCGUGAGGAACGGUGAAGUGUUGAUUCUUAAACAUCAGAAGAACUCAAAGCAAUACUUAUAUGACACAAAGAGUAGGGUGAUGAAGAUGUUCAACGUUUAUAACAUGAGGAACUCAGAAUCUUUUGUUCUUGGUGAUUAUUGGUAUAUGAUGUCUCCUAAUGAAAGUAAGUGUUAUCGAAGUUUACUCCCAGACGUCCUCAGUAACCUUCCGGAUAACGUAAUCGAUGUCAUUUUGAUGUGUUUGCCUUGUAAAGAUGCUGCAAGAACAAGUAUCUUAUCAAAGAAAUGGAGGUAUAACUGGUGUAGACGUACAGAGUUGACACUUGAUAAAUCUCAUUGGAUAACAAAGAAUGAUUUACUAUACCCUACCGUUAAAUUUAAAAAGAUUAUUUGCCAAUUUUUGACUCUUCAUGAAGGACCCAUUACUAAGUUUACCCUCGACAUUGUUAAUUUGGAAAAUUCUCCUGAGAUUGACAACUUCAUAUAUUUCCUCUCUAGAUAUGGCAUUCAACAUCUUGUUCUUCACCUUUCAUUCGAUAACCCAUACAAAUUACCUUCUUCAGUUUUCACAUGUUCCCAGUUGAGGCAUCUAAGUCUUCAUAAUUGUUCAAUACAUCAUUCUUCGGCCUUUAAAGGAUUUAAUAGGUUAAUUAGCUUGGAAUUAUGUGAAGUCAUAAUUUCUUCUGAAUUGCUGGAAAGUUUAAUAUAUCAUUGUCCGUUGCUUGAGCAGUUGGUGUUGGUUAUCUUAGAAAACUUAGAUACAAUCGAAAUUAAUGUCCCCACGUUGAGAACACUCGAUUUCACAGGCUAUAUUAGCUCUAUAUGCCUAAAGAAUGCCCCUUGUCUAGUAAAACUAUCUCUUGAAGGUCGUUAUAUGGAGGUAGAGGAUCUUGAUUUCGCAAAGGUUUUUGAGUCUUGUUCUGCUCUCGAGCACCUCCUCUUCGACUUCUCUAAUUUCGAGUUCUAUGCUGAAGAAGGAUAUGAAGUACCAACAAGACUUCCUUUUGAACUUAACAGUGUCAAGCGAUUUAAUCUGCCUUAUAUUAUGUUGAUUGAAUCAUAUAAGCUUUCAUACGCCUUUUGCUUGAUAAAAAGCUUCCCAUACUUAGAGUAUCUCGAAAUUCAGUUGUACUCUGAAGAUGAAGAGGAUGAUCGUAUUUUGGAAUGUCUUGAACUUCAACAUUUUUCAGACGUGACGUUUAAUCACCUAAGGGAAGUUAAGUUAAAAUGCUUUGGAGGAACAAUGUCUGAGAUGCAACUUAUCAAGCUUCUAUUAGCCAAGUCUCCUGUAUUGGUGAGAAUGCUAAUUGAUCAAUGGUUUCUAGAACAUGGAUCUCUUGACACAAGAUUAAAGAUAUUAAACGAGGUAUCACAUUUUUUGCGGGCAUCACCUAAAGCAGAAGUAGUCUACUUAGAUCUGUUUGAAACAUGA